AGAAGAAGUGGUGGUAGUUUUUUUUUUUUUCUCGUGCAUUUAUGAGGGCAUCUUCUGGACAAAUAAUAUAAUAACUAUAUUAAUAUUAAAAGUAAAUAACUGCUGCGGCUGCUCGUUAGAGUAAUGUCCGCCGUCAGUAACCUCGUCCCGGCUCGUUUCCUGACCAUAAUCGCGCAUCUCGUCAUCGUUAUCACCAUCUUUUGGUCGAGGGAUAACAACGUGAAAGCCAGCUUGCCUUUGGAGUUCACUACAGAACAAUAUGAGCAAGAAGACAGAAAGUUGGUGGUGGCAUUGUCGGUCACCAUCGGUCUGUUUGCUGUGGAGUUGGCUGGUUUCUUCUCAGGGGUCUCUAUGUUCAACUGUAGCCAGGGUUUGCUCUCUACAGGAGCCCAUGCCAGCGCCUCAGUGGCUCUGCUUUUCUUUCUCUUUGAGCAGUGGGACACUUCUGUCUACUGGUGGAUCAUUGCGAUUUGCAGUGUGCUUCCUGCAUUUGUGGAGAUUCUUCUCUUCAUUGCUGUUUUUGGACUGAAGAAGAAGCCAUUAUAAAGGAUUGUUUUAUUUAUCCCAUUUGGGGCAAUUUAUUCAUGGCAGCCUGUACACAUAGCAAACAGACAGAAAUCAUACAGUGAAGAACUGGUUAAAAGAGAGAGAGAUAGACAUGUUCUUGGCAACAGGCAGAAGUUUCUCACAUGAUAGUAUGAUGGAUGCACAGUGAUGUUCUGAUGGCAGCAGUAAAAAUUCACUUACUUUUUUAUGUUUUUACUUGUAAAAUGAACUGAGAGAUCUUUGCUGCAGUCACAUUUUUGAACAGCUUUAAAAUGAAAUACUGUUUAAGAUGUUACUGUUUUUGGCUGAAAAAGCCAACAGAAGAUUAAAACAAGACUUGACAAACUGCUGUGCAUAAUCAUUUUUCAAUAGUUUUGGAACAGUUUGCAUGUAGCACAUCUCCUGGAUUAAUUGUGCAUAGAUGAUUGAAAUGGGGGAUAUACCUUAAAAUUUAGGCGAAUGUACAAACUGCUAAUUGUAGAGGUUUUGUAAGUAGUGUUUUGUAUUUUGUGAAUAAAACAGAUGCU